AUGACUGCCCAUCCAGACACGAACGGCAAGCACCCUGAUGAGGCCGACUCGGCGGUGGAGCAUUCUUUCACAGAGUUCAUAGAUCCUUGGUAUCUUGCCAUUCCCCGCCAAAUCGCAUCCUCUCAGACGCCGGGUUCGACUUGUAAACAGCCUGAAAUAUCUCCCUCGAAUCGGAGCCUCGAAACCCCACAAUAUCACAAUGGGAUGCCCAACAUUUGGGAUGCUUUGCUUGAUGAGACGGAGCAGCAACUCCUAGCAUCCGAUGACACUUACCAAGACCGAAGUCUUGAGACUAGCACCUCGGUUCUCCCCAUUUCGUCGUCAGCUUCCCAUGACAUUUCAACGUGGGCCAACGAGACAUCCAAUGACGCAUCAGAGCAGAGGCCGAGUAACCUAGCUUUGAGACGCCAUCAACAAUCAAAUGUCCUUGAACGGGAAUUUCUCUCUGCAGAUGCCACAAAGCAACCUUAUGCGGCCCAAACCAUUCCGAAACUUCGUCACGAAAACAGUGAGACCAGCAGUUCGGGAUGGGACUCACUCCCAGAGUUUGACCUUGCAACGCAUUCCGACGAUUCACAAACACUUCUGGUGGACAUAGGCACAAACAGUUCUCCACUACGAAGUCUCAAGCGGCCGUCCGAUACCGAAUCCGCCGAUGCUUGGGACAGCCGAGAAGACUUGAUGACAGGUGGAGGCGUUGUGGAUCAACAGCAAUCGAAACGUGCUCGGCGAGAUAAGACCUUGAGCGAACUGGCCAAAGUUCUCCAAGUGCGCAAGGAGUCCGCCUGCAUCAGAUGCCAGGUUUUGAAAGAGUCCUGCGGCCCUGGCCUGCCCUGUCUGCGCUGUCAAGAGGUCGGCGCUACUGCCACAAUAUGGAGGACACCAUGCUUCAAGGGCAGAAUCACUGACGUCAAAUUGUUCAGAGACAUGGCCCUGUCCUUUCCGGACGGCGUGCGCCGGGUGGAUUCAUGGAAGGCCACCCCCAAGGUCAAAAUUAGUCUCUAUAAUGUUGGCUACGGCCGAGGUCAAGAGAUGGAGCCGUCACGGAGACCAACAAUCAGUGUGAUCUGUCAAGCAUUCACGCCUUUGCCCACGGACACUCUUGGCAAAAAAUAUGUCAGGGGAGACGAGACCGUUACAAUUCUGCUGCCUGCGUAUGCCAUUCCGGGACGAUACUUAAAACGGACCAUGACACAGCUGCUGGCGACAGUUGAGAGAAACUGGAGCAUGCUCGCCAACGAAUUGGAAUUGGGCCAAGAUGAGCUUAUAGCUGCUUCGAUGAAGGAGGCUCUCCGAAUCCACGACCAAUCCCCGUGCGUCCAUGAUGCCAUUACGCUCUGCAUCAUGACCCGUCUACUCUCCAAGAGUUUCAAUUUACAUGGCAAAGAGAGUCUUGGGAUCGCCACGGUCGAUGAUCCUAUGUCUCCAUACUUUGGCAGAAAGCCCAUACCACCCUUCCUCGACGCGCAGAUCGAUCAGAUGUGGAUGCAGCUCUUGUCGAAAGUCAAGAAGAGACUUCUGUCAGAGCUGAAGCGCAAAAUCAUGGGCAGGAAGAAGGAAGAUUGGUACCAGAUCUUCUUGUCACUGAUCAUCUUAAUCGCCAACCUGGAGUUCGUGUACUCUGUUCAAAACGAUCAGCUGCGACGGUAUUGCCUGAAGAUGCCGCGGUCUUCGUUCCCCUUUGGAUCCAUUUCCUUGAUGGAGGCCUGGGAGCACGGAGCGAAGAACUUGCUGACUCAUUUUCGUGUGAUCUUUAAUGGCACUGCCCCAUUCACUAUUGACCCAGAAGAGCAGGAAACAUGGAAGGCCAUGAAGCUGGAUGCUUCAGCUCUUGCGUACCUACAGCAUAUGCAAGGCGUCGUCGCCAAACGAGCGGAUGAACUGAGUGCCAUGCGAAAACGCGAUCCAGGCGAGGCGCUGGUUUGGGUUUCUGGCCUUUUCCUGCCUAUCGCUGAUGACGACCUCUAG